CUUCACUCAACUCAACCUUGAAGUAAAUCAACCAGUAAGGUUCGAGGGAUUUGUCACCAAAAGGUAAACUCAAGAUCUGAUAAGCAAGAAGUAACGAAGUGGUUCGCAUUCGCGAUUCACUUGGCCGCGCUUUCCGGAUCGGGGAAGCUGGGCCUAGGCUGGACAUGGACGGGCAGAGUCCCGCUUCACUUGUAGCCGAGAAUCCUUGCUCACGCAUGUGACGGAUUUGAUGGUUAGCCAAACACAGGCCUGAUAGCCUGAUAGCCCAGUGACAUUUCCAUACUUUAGCGGGUCUUGUUCUUUCUGUGCAGCUCUCGUGUUCCCAGAUGUUCCCAGAUUCCCAGAUCUGACGGAAACCCCAUGAACACUUUCCUCGGCCUGUCUCGGAUUGGAUAAAAGCAAAGAGGUGGCCUUGUAACGUUCUAAUAGUUUUGUUCUUCUUUGGUGUCUCUUUUAAUGCCUUUUAAUAUCUAGAUUUGGAGGAAUUGCACUGCAAUUGAGGCAUUGCAACAGAUUAGCAUCAACAACAUGCCGGGCUCCUCUCGAAUACCUGCCAGUCUACGCGAGACCUUCAACAGUGUUAAGAAGCGAUCUCGGCCGAUUGACCCUCACCAGAUAUUCAAUCUAGACUUACUUCGAAAUGUCGUCUUUUUCUUCUUUGUACUACGCAUUGUCCGCCGGACGUUCUGGAAACUAAAGGGUCGUGGCAUCAUCGGCACAAUUGUAGAGAUAUAUCGCGAUACGCAACGUGUACUAUAUGGAUACUUCCUGCGGGCACCGGGAGUUCGCACCCAGGUGCGCAAGCAAGUCAAUGACUCGUUAUCAAAGGUUCAGGCGAAGAUAAUACAAGCCGACGGGACGAGAUACUUGUCUCUGCCGAAAGAAGGAUGGACGGAAGAUGCCCUAAAAACCGAGCUCGAAACGCUAGCGAACAUGGACCAUACUAGAUGGGAAGACGGUUACGUAUCUGGUGCCGUAUACCAUGGAGAGGAAGAAUUAAUUAAGCUCCAGACUGAGGCUUAUGGCAAGUUCACCGUUUCAAACCCGAUUCAUCCGGACGUCUUCCCUGGCGUGCGAAAGAUGGAAGCCGAGGUUGUCGCAAUGGUUCUCUCCUUGUUCCACGCCCCAGCCAACGCCGCCGGAGUUUGCACCAGCGGUGGUACUGAGAGUAUCCUCAUGGCUUGCUACAGCGCAAGGCAGAAGGCAUACGUAGAGCGUGGUGUGACAGAACCUGAGAUGAUCCUUCCGGAGACAGCGCACACGGCCUUCCGUAAGGCCGGUGACUACUUCAAGAUCAAGAUCCACCUGGUUCCUUGCCCCGCUCCCAACUACCAGGUUGAUGUCCACCGAGUCUCCCGUCUCAUCAACUCGAACACCGUCCUCCUAGUUGGCUCCGCCCCUAACUUCCCCCAUGGUAUCAUCGACGAUAUCUCGGCCCUCUCCAAAUUAGCCCUGAAACGUCGCCUGCCACUGCACGUCGACUGCUGCUUGGGUUCGUUCCUAGUGCCUUUCCUCGACAAGGCCGGUUUCGAAACGGAGCUCUUCGACUUCCGCCUCAAGGGCGUCACCUCUAUCUCGUGUGAUACACACAAGUAUGGGUUCGCCCCCAAGGGUAACUCCACCGUUCUAUACCGCACACAGGAGUUGCGCACAUACCAGUACUUCGUCUCCCCCGACUGGUCCGGUGGCGUCUACGCUUCGCCGGGCAUUGCCGGGUCCCGUCCCGGUGCUCUGAUCGCCGGCUGCUGGACCAGCAUGAUGCGCGUCGGCGAAGCGGGGUACAUCGAGGCCUGUGGCACCAUCGUCGGAUGCGCCAAGAAGAUCGCCGAGCACGUCACCUCUCAUCCGUGUCUCAGCGCAGAGCUCGACAUCAUCGGCCGUCCCCUCGUCUCCGUCGUCGCCUUCACAGCCCGCAACCUCGACAUCUACGACAUCGCAGACGGGAUGAACGCUAAGGGCUGGCAUCUCAAUGCUCUGCAGAACCCCCCCGCCAUCCACAUCGCCGUCACGCUCCCCAUAACCAAGGUCUGGGAACGUCUUGUCGAGGAUCUGGAGGUCGUCGUCGAGGCAGAGAGGGAAAAGGAACGGGUUCGUGCUGUUGAGGGUAAGGGUGUCAAGGGGAAGGCGUCGGGCGAUACUGCGACCUUGUACGGUGUUGCUGGAAGCUUGCCCAACAAGGCCGUUGUGGUCGACUUGGCGAGAGGCUUCCUGGAUUUGAUGUAUAAGGCAUAGACAAACCAAUAAACGCGAGUCUGGCCUAAGUGCGGUGGGUAUGGUAGGUGGGGCUAAGUUCAGGUUUAAGGCGGAUGGUUGGAGGGGGCUGGGAAUUGUGUUAUAUGGAUAGGGCGGUGUCGGGAGGCUUGCUCGUCACCGUGGCUUUCCACCGCCGCCUGUUGAGAAAUAUAGCCGUGUACAUUAAGAAGGAAUGGAGGGCAUACUGGUCAUUGACUAGGUUACUGGUUUGUACACAUAUAUAUAAGAGGGCCGGCGAUGCGAGGUGAGGCAAGGGCCAAAAAACCUCGCAAGUAUGCAAGGCAAGUAUCACAAGGUCCUCGAAAAAAAAAGGGGGGCUUCUCGCACGAAAGAAAAAAAAUAACACUUAAGACAGAGCAGAGCAUUUAAUAGCGUGUGGUACAGUAGUACAAAGUCUUCAAUCAAUCAAUCAAUGGUCAAUGCUAUUGCACACCUAGUUAUAUA